UCUUCUCUGCCAAACAUUGCAGAUAACAAAGGUGAUUUUGGACACGUGUCAUCCGCUGAGAACUCCUUCCGUCUGUCCGGAAGAGUAAGAGAGCUUACCGUCUGAGAUUGAUUGUAGGAGAGAGAGAGAGAGAGAGAGAGAGAGAGUUCAAUCAAGGAUUGGAAAGAAUCCUCUCGCCCGGAAAUAAAAAUGUCAGCGGCUUCUUCUUCUUCUUCUUCUCUGUGGUGGAUGGCAUCUCUGAAAUCUGAAUUCAACAAGGGAUUUCAACAAGCUACUCUUCUGAGGUUUCCCAAGUCUUCACCUGCCAUUACAAGGUCUUCCUCCUCAUCUGCAGUGAAGGCAUCAGCACGUGUUGACAAGUUCUCAAAAAGUGACAUUAUUGUUUCUCCUUCGAUUCUCUCUGCUAACUUUGCAAAGUUGGGCGAGCAGGUUAAAGCAGUGGAGGUGGCUGGAUGUGAUUGGAUUCAUGUUGAUGUAAUGGAUGGGCGAUUUGUGCCAAAUAUCACCAUUGGCCCUCUUGUUGUUAAUGCCUUGCGUCCAGUAACAGAUCUUCCAUUGGAUGUGCAUUUGAUGAUUGUGGAACCUGAGCAGCGGGUACCAGAUUUUAUCAAGGCUGGAGCAGACAUUGUUAGCGUUCACUGUGAGCAGUCUUCCACUAUCCAUUUGCAUCGGACAAUUAAUCUAAUUAAAAGUCUGGGAGCAAAAGCUGGAGUGGUUUUAAACCCCGGGACUCCACUAAGUGUCAUUGAAUAUGUGCUUGAUGUGGUAGAUUUGGUCUUAAUUAUGUCAGUAAAUCCUGGUUUUGGCGGGCAGAGCUUUAUUGAAAGUCAAGUCAAGAAAAUCUCAGACUUGAGAAGGUUAUGUGCUGAGAAGGGUGUAAACCCAUGGAUCGAAGUGGAUGGUGGAGUCGGACCAUCAAAUGCAUAUAAGGUCAUUGAGGCUGGAGCAAAUGCUUUGGUUGCAGGUUCUGCUGUCUUUGGAGCUAAAGAUUAUUCUGAAGCUAUUAAAGGCAUCAAGACUAGCAAAAGGCCUGCAGCUGUUGCGGUGUGAAGUGUGCAUUUCUCCAAAAGAAUGAAUUCUACAGGUAAUAAGUCAUGGUGAUUGGAGUGGAGAAGUAUAUUGCAGGCCUGGUAUGGGUGCUAGGUGUAUCUGUUUCUACUUCUGCCCAAAUUCCAUGGUGCAAGUUCAUGUUGCAUAUUUUAUAUCAAUUUGACUGUUGCUGCUGAUUUGCAUCUCUUCCAUGCGUCUAUUGCUACUCUUUUAAUGAUGCCUUUGGGUGGUUCCCACAUCCCCUUCUCUUGUGACCUCAUGAGAUUUGGAUUAUAGAUGUUCAGAGAUCCUUCUACAGUUA